AAAAAUAAACUAAAAUUACUGUCAAUAUUUGGUUUUGAAUAUGAAUGAUCAAGAAAAACUGUUCAAGUACUUGGAAAGUGUGGAAAAACUAGCAGAGGAAAUAUUGAGUGACCGAAGAGAGAUAGUAUUAUUAGAUAAGCGAAGAAAUCAAAACCGAGAGGCGCUGCGGGAGCUAUCGAAGUCAUCACAAAAUAAACAUUGGAUCACCGUCGGAUCAGUGCUUAUCAAAUACAACGAUAAAACUACCAAGGAACUUCUAGAAGCAGAUCAGAAGCAGCUGAAUAUUGAUAUUAAUAAACUGCGAAGUGAAUUGAAAGUGAAGGUGAACAAUUUGAGAGAUUUGGAGAUGCAACCGGCAGUUCCUGGGCUCAUGCUGGUGCCUAUGUCGCAGAAGGAAACUGCUGCUAUGUCAAAUGCGGGACUUUUCUCACCCUAGUUGAAGAAGCUACUAAAUUGAAUUGAAUUGUAAAUAUACCACAAUAAUU